AUGGCGACCAUGUCUGCUCUUCAGAGCUCCUUUACUUCUCUUUCUAUUUCAUCUGACUCUUCCUUCCUCGGCCAGCGUCUCCUUUCCCCGAUUUCCCUCUCCGUCACUUCUCCGGUCAAGCCCACUGAGAACCCAUGUCUUGUUUUUGCAAAGCUUAAGCGUUGGGAACGAAAAAAGUGCAAACCAAACAGUCUUCCAAUUCUGCACAAAAUGCAUGUCAAGUUUGGAGAUACGGUCAAAGUAAUAUCUGGACGAGACAAGGGUAAAAUUGGAGAAGUCACUAAGAUCUUUACCCACAACAGCACCAUAGUGAUCAAAGAUGUGAACCUCAAGACCAAACACAUGAAGAGCCGAGAAGAGGGAGAGCCUGGCCAAAUUGUUAAGAUCGAAGCACCGAUCCACAGCUCAAAUGUGAUGUUGUAUUCGAAAGAUAAGGAUGUGGUAAGCCGGGUGGGUCACAAGGUCCUUGAUGAUGGACAGAAGGUAAGAUAUCUGAUCAAAACAGGGGAACUUCUUGACACCAUUGAGAAGUGGAAGCAGCUUAAGGAGGCAAAGGAGAAAGAAACAACCCAAGUUGCAGUUGCCUCAGCAUCUUAG